GAGCUGCGCGUCGGCGGAAGCGCGACGGGCCGGGGCGGCGGUGGCUGAGGAGGAGCCGUGUGUGCCGGGCUCUCCCGUCCCGCCGGGACCGCACCCGCGCCUCUCCGGGCCGCGUCGCACGAUGGGCUCCCGUACGGGCUGAGCCCCGCCGUGACGGAAAAAUGAGUGGUGGGUUGGCACCAAGCAAAAGCACAGUGUAUGUGUCCAAUUUACCCUUCGCUUUGACUAACAAUGAUCUGUACAGGAUAUUUUCAAAGUAUGGGAAAGUUGUCAAAGUUACCAUUAUGAAAGACAAAGACACCAGAAAGAGCAAAGGAGUUGCCUUUAUUUUGUUUUUGGAUAAAGAAUCUGCGCAAAACUGUUCUCGGGCACUUAAUAACAAACAGUUGUUUGGAAGAGUAAUAAAAGCAAGUAUUGCCAUUGAUAAUGGAAGAGCAGCAGAAUUCAUUCGCAGGCGUAACUACUUUGAUAAGUCUAAGUGUUACGAAUGUGGGGAAGCAGGACACUUAAGUUAUGCUUGUCCUAAAAAUAUGCUGGGGGAGCGGGAACCACCAAAAAAAAAAGAAAAGAAGAAGAGAAAGAAAAUAGUGGAACCAGAAGAAAUUGAGGAGGAAGAAGAAAGUGAAGAGGAAGGUGAAGACCCUGCUCUAGAUAGCCUCAGCCAAGCCAUAGCUGUUCAGCAAGCCAAAAUUGAGGAAGAACAACAAAGAUGGACACAGACUGCAGGGGAAUCUUCAAUUUCAGAUGAUUCAAGACGUCCACGGAUUAAGAAAAGUGCUUAUUUCAGUGAUGAGGAAGAACUUAGUGACUGAAAUAAUACUGUUCUAAAUGCACAUAUAAGAUAUAUAUAGUGUACAUUUGUAAAGUGCUACAAAGUAAUCUGUAAUACAGGUUUGUUUUGGUGUUGAAGACAUUUAAAAUCAUAGGGUUUUUUUAUUCUGUCCCCUGAUUCUUCCAUCUUUUUAUAUCUGUGUCUCAAAACUUUACCUCUCAAGGCAACUUUUUAAGAAAAUGGUGUAAUUAUACAUGUAAAUCCAGAAAAGUAUCUGUGAGAAUGCGUCUUGCAGUUAGUGUCUAGAACCAAGUCCCAGCAGUGAAAUGUUUCAUGAGAGAAUUUCCCAAGCCUUUUUUCCUAAGAGGAGUUCCUCUUAGGAUGACUGUUAACACCACUGAUGCUUUAUGUAUUGGUCUGUUUGGAAGCAGUGCUUUAGUAGUAUUUCAGUAGAUUAUGAAACUUGUAUUAGUUCCUCUGCAUAGGGUUGAAUUUCAGCUUUAGGCAUUGUCUUUUUACUCUUCAUGCAGUACUAUAAUAAAUUAUUGUUACAUCAA